AUGGUUGUUUUCGUUUGUAGUAAGUGUAACGAAAGCCUUAAAAAGAAGAAUGUUGAGCGGCAUUUUCACACGUGCCACUGUCCUGCUGUUUCGUGUGUGGACUGUUCAAAAAGCUUUACGUUGCAAAAUUUUUCUUCUCAUACGUCUUGUAUUUCAGAACAAGAAAAAUAUGAUAAACCCAAUUUUCAGGAGUCUGCGCCUAAAGGUGCUCUAAAGCAGAUGGACUGGACGUCAUCCGUCCAUUCGCGGCUGUUCAAUUUCCAAACCAUGCCCGGUGUUCCCACGUUGAUGAAGAAGAUGAUUCUGGAUAGCAAAAACGUCCCUAGGAAAAGGAACAAAUUCGAAGUUUCAAGUUCAUUCAAGUUUGCACGUUCGGAUGAUAUUGACGCUCUGUGGCAGCAAAUUUCGAGCCAGGACAUUGAUAGCAAAAGUGCCGAGUCUAAAAAUUUGAGUGACAGUGAGACAAAACCAUCUGCUGGAUCAGAUCUCACGAAAUCAAGUGAGGGACUACCUCAAGAGGAUACAAAUUUCCGAAGGCCUCAGUCGUCAAACUUAGCCACCCAAAGGUCCGGCGAUGAUGUCGCAUAUGAAAAAUUUGGGAAACUCUAUAAGCGAUUCGGGAAAAUCAUGCUACUGCAUCUCAAGCAGAACCAAAACAAAAUGAGGAUUAAAAAGCUGCGACGGAUGACAUUUGAUACAUUCAAGAAGUCGGAACACUUUAACGGAAAGAAUCAUUCUGAUGAUUUUUUGGAGCACGAAUUUCAAAGGGCAUUGAAAAAGAAGCGCCACUUUAUGGCUGAUUUAGUGCGGACCUGGGAUGCUUCAGGAGCUAACUUCGGUUUGCUUUGGUUCCCAGGAGUUGUGGCCUUCACAAACCAAAUCAAAGUUGGUGUGUCGGGGCAUCCGGAAAUGGUAUUGUCGAAAUGCGAAGCAUCCGUUAGUGAGGUGACAGUUUAUGAUAACUUCAUGGGGCAGCUUUUUUCGAAAUAUGAAUUUUCUGAUGAGAAGUCGGGCUACCGUUUUAUAUCAUAUCCAAGGAUGAGUUCGUUCUUCUUAUUUGCCAAGUCGGCUUUCUUUCCGGAAGGCUAUCCGAAUUCGGUUAGCAAAGAUUAUCUAGAAUACCAGGUAUGGGACACGGUACAGGCAAUUGCUAGCAGUAUAAUAAGUGCUUUAGCUGGACAGGCUAUUUUAAUCGGUGUUGGUGUUGGCGAUAGCAGUGCCAGCAUUCUUGCCGCAUCUCUUACGUGGAUAUUUAAGGAUGGAGCCGGAAUGGUUGGUCGUAUUGCUUUUGCAGGUUGGCAAGGAAUGUUUGCUGACGUGUUGAACGAUAUGGCAUUUUUCUUGGAACUCCUCUCGCUGCAUACUGUUUCAUUCUUCACUGUCAUUGUGUGCAUCUCCAGUGUAAUGCGGGCUCUAGUGGGCAUGGUUGGCAGUGCUACACGCGCGGCCAUUACGCAGCACCAAGCGCUGGAAGGAAAUAUGGCUGAUGUUGCCGCAAAAGAUGGAAGUCAGGAAACACUGUCCAACCUCCUAGCAUUGGUGGUGAAUCUAAUCCUCAUCGCGUUGGUUACGGGUAAUCUAAUACUGAUAUGGCUGCUCUUCAUUUUGCUCGCGCCUAUCCAUUUGUACGCUAAUUGGCGAGCGGUGCGGUGUCUGGAAUUUACCACCCUCAAUCGGGGGCGGUUCAGCAUCCUUAUGCAGGACUGGCUUAGACAGCACAACGAACUGUCAGAUCAACUGCCACCCCUCCUCUCCGUCCACGAGGUAAAUCGACGUGAACCCAUUCUCUGGCCGUUCGGAGCUGGCUCACGCAACAGAACCAUCCACCUUGGGUGCUCUUUUGAGAAACUCAUUUGGGUUGUGAAAGAUUGUAAACUUCUUCCAUUAUUGGGCGUGUUCGCGGAGGAACGCUACGUUCUCUACUGUCCCGAAUGGAAGAAAGCGAGUAGGAAAGGGAGACAUUUGACAAUUUACAUUUGCAUUCAAACGGACGCAAACAAUAUGGAUGUAUUCAAGGCAAUGUUCCAUGCGGAAGUUAUUUGUGCCCUCUGUCAUGUAAGUCAUGCCUCGUACCACAUCGUCGUAAUUAUCGCCAUUGGCACCACACUUGACAAGACUUCCACAGAAUCUGGAGACUUUGAGGCAUUUUGGAACGGAGAUGAUGGCACAGCCUUCUUCGCAUGGACUCUGGGUCGUGUGAACUGUUGGCUGCCCCGGUUGAUGCAGUGUUUCGACGAGGUCGCCUCAAAACGGGCUGAGGUAAAGUGGGACCUCUCAGUUCUCCAAUUUGAUGCUGAUCCGUGGCGCAUAUACCGCAACGUCUACCGUACUUGA